UAGUCAGUCAGUCGGGAUCGCGCGCGGAUCGUUCUGAGACGUGAUAAUUUUAUUAGGGUGAUUUCCCAGCCAGUAGUUGUGGCACACCUUAAUGGCCGUUUCUCCGGCGGAACCAUUCUCCAAGGGGGUUGGGGGUUGGCCACUGCUAAUCCGUUGAGCGUUUAAUUAUUAUUGUUAUUGUUCUCGGCCGGAAAGUCUGCUGUGUUUGUGUUUAUUUGCCGGCCAUCGGAUCGGUGCUUAGACCAAUUUCCAAUUGAAGAAACCGCCCUGGCCUGGGGCCGGUUCUAGUUCGUCGUGUACUUUAUGUGCGCCGCGGAACGACCGCCGCCGCCGCGAGGUGUGAAAAUUUCUGUGAAAGUGCGAGACAAUUAGGUGUUGAUCACCGGCUAGCUGUGAAACGAAGUGCCUUAUGAUCUGUCCUGUGUGUUAUGUGUUCAGGGGUGUCCCGUAAAGAGUCCCGCGACCUUUCAACGGAAAUAAUCGUUUCGUGAUAACAUCCACGGGUGGUGCUGAAAGCUGCUUAAAGAGUGCGAAAAUUUGUGACACGAUCGUCGAUUGAUUUACCGCCACGUGGUCUGUGCUUACUUCCACAAUGCAUCACUUGGAUUUUGGCGGCCUGCGACACUCCGACGGCGGCCAUGGUCCCAGUAUGGUGGGACUUGCCUCGUCGUACGACACUGGUACGGGGCCGACGGUGGAUAUGGCCGGUGACUUCCACCACCAUUACGCGCCGACGGCCUCUGUGACAACGGCGCCCGAGUACUGGAACACGGCGUCGCCGUACAAAAAUGGAUCCACCCCGAUGAAGGAAAUGGAAGCUUGCAUAGAGAACGCCCACAAGCACCAGUACAACCCCCUGGAACAGGUCGAACAGCUCAGCAUAAACUGUGAUAGUGAUAGUUUGCACAAUAGUGGUAGCACCUUAAACAAUAACAACACCUUAAGCAGUAACAAAAACAUAAAUUCCUGUGAACAUGGCUCUUUGGCCGACAAAGCGAGCUCCAACGGUGGCGCCUCGAGUCCGCACAACAGUGACCAAACCCCAAGCACAAACGGCAGCAGCAAACCGGCCAAAAAGUGCAUCCCCGCCGAAGACGAUAAGGCUUAUCACCCGUCGCUGGCCUCGGUGAUGGUGAUACUGGAGGGGAAGCAUCUGUGGGACAAGUUCCACGAGCAGGGCACGGAAAUGAUUGUGACCAAGGCCGGCCGCCGGAUGUUUCCCACGUUCCAGGUGAAGGUGGUCGGGCUGGAGCUGACGGCGGAGUACCUCAUGAUCAUGGACUUUGUCCCGCUGGACGAUAAGCGCUAUCGGUACGCGUUUCACACAUCCAGCUGGGUGGUCGCCGGUAAAGCCGACCCCGUCUCCCCACCCCGGAUAAGUGUCCACCCGGACUCCCCAGCGACCGGUGCCACCUGGAUGAAGCAAACCAUCUCGUUCGACAAGCUCAAACUCACCAACAAUCAGCUUGACGAUAACGGACACAUCAUCCUGAACUCGAUGCACCGGUAUCAGCCGCGCCUUCAUGUCUGCCAUUUUUCGCGCGGCACCAGUCACGGAUCGUCCGUCAAAGACGAGAAGAACACACUGACCCACCGGACGUUCAUCUUUCCGGAGACGUCCUUCACGGCGGUGACGGCCUACCAAAACCAGCGGGUGACCCAAUUGAAAAUCGUGAGCAAUCCGUUCGCCAAAGGAUUCCGCGACAAUGAAACCAACGAAGACUCCCAGGAAAGAAUCUCCACGAUGAACGAGCGGAUGAAAUCGGAUCGUGGGCCGGGAUACAAAAAAGAGGGCAGCGGCGGCGAAAUGGCAGCAACUUCUUCGGCGAUGACGCCAACGUCGAGCUCGGGACCCGGAACGAUGACAGGUCCUUCGUUGUCACCCAAUUCGGCCGUCAGCAGCAGCAGUACCUCUAGCACUGCGAUCGUCUCGAACGCCUUCCAACCGUCCCUCAUGAGCCCAUCCGGUGGCCUCGGGUCCCCGUACGUCCCCAACCCGGCCAUGCUAGCGCAACCGUACGGCACCGACGCCAGCGGGUUCGGUCCGAUCUACCAUCACCCGCACCACCACCACCAUCAUCAUCACCACAACCCGCUGUCCAGCUCGCAUCACGCCGGAUACGUGAGUUCCUUUGACAAGUAUGACAAGUACAAAAUGGCCUCGACGACGCCCCCGCACCACACGUCGUCCGGUGGUGGCUACCCGGCGGUGAUGGCAGCGGCUACGACGGGCUACACCGGCCACUACCAGGGCUUUUACGGAUCUCCGACCCCGGGUCAUCACCAGCUGAUGCGCCAGACCAACAGCUGCAUUGAUUACGUGCAGAGAUGAACUCCCGUGUGGGCACGUUUAAUCAGCCAGAGUUGAAUAGAGAAGUGUAAAUAUGAAGAAGAAAAAAACCCAGUGCCAUAAAUAAAUCUACCAAAGUUUGGCUUCACGAGAGGAUUGCCAAUUUUAGUGCCAUAUUUAGAGUGUAGACUGUGUAGAAUGUAAUUUAUUUCUGUCAUCUUAUUUAUACACCAAAUCACAAUUUCAUAAAAAUGUAAUAUCUUAUUA